AUGAGUGAACUGGCGGAGCGUCUAGCUGCUGAUGGGGUGAUCGUUGAGGAGUGUGAUAUAUCGUCAUCUGGUAGCCUGCCCAGUGCUCCAUUCCCGGUACUGUGUGUCAAACAUCCUCACCUUGCUGCACCAGCAGUUUCGCGCCAGUUCCGCAACGAUUAUCUCAAGUGUCUCAAGGCAUAUGCAAGCAAUCAGCAUUGGUAUCCUCGAUUUUCCGGACAACCAUCGUACGGUGAGAUUAUCGUCGAAGAUGAGAAGUUGCUGAAACUGGGGUAG